AUGCGGGGGACUGGAAAUAAUGGCGCAAGUGGUGCGGGGAAAGACAAGGGGUCCGCGGGACGCGCAAGCAAGGCCGUGGGGAAAGGGGGGAGCGGCAGUGGGGCUAAAAUCGAAAAAUUUCAACUGGAAGGGGCACAUUCGGAGAUGGUGGUGGGCGAGUUGAGCGGCGUGUUGGAGCAAAGGCCUGCACGACCCCUUGCAGUGGCAGCAGCGGCGCACCGUGCGUUGUGUGGGCAUGAGGCGGACUUUGAACUGCUGCCGCAGUGGAUGAGCCAGCCGUGCCUCCCCCUCCCUUUUGCAAUUUUUCCUUCCAACCUUUUUCUUUUCCAGCUCUCCCUCUUCUUCCGCCCACACUCAAACGUACGCUUUCCCCCUGUCACAUUUGAUCGCGCAUUCCUUCUCCCUUCACCCGUCACUCCCUCAUUUUUGCGUUCUGUCCAUGAAGCCGAUGCAAAUGGAGCAGCAGCAGCAGGUGGGGCAGGGGACGACUGGGCGGUGGUGUGGGGCAAGUGGCCAGGAGGGGGCACGGCGCAGGAGCUUGCGGACCUCCAUGUGGCCCUGGUGGAAGCACACCUGGUGACAGUGAAGCGCACGUUCAACCGCGCACGCGUGUUUGUGGCCCCGCACGCCCGCUGCUCAACCACAUGGUCUUCAUGCCGCCCCGUGCCGUAG